GGCGGGACUUCGGCCGGCGGGGCGGGCGCUGCGGGGCGAGGCGGGGAGCGGCUCCGGAGCGAUGUGGACGGCCCUCGGCACCCUGUCGGAGCCCCCCGGGCCCAGGGCAGCCAGCGGCCGCUUCUGGUCUGCCACCCUGGGAGCAGCAGUGGGGCUCUUCCUCCUCGGGUUCCUCAUCGGCUGGUUUGCAAAACCUGUAGAAGAGAAGACAUCUUCGAGUCCUCAUGGGGAGGUGAAGGCGGCAUUUAUGGCUGAAAUGAAGGCUGAAAACAUCAAGCAGUUUCUUUUCAAUUUUACACAGCUUCCUCACCUCGCAGGGACAAAGGAGAAUCUGCAUCUGGCACAGCAAGUCCAAGCUGAGUGGAAGGCGUUUGGUUUGGAUUCUGUUCAGUUGGUUCAUUACGAUGUCUUGCUCUCUUACCCUGAUGAAACUAAGCCCAACUACAUCUCAAUAAUUGAUGAGUAUGGAAAUGAGAUUUUCAACACAUCAUUAUCAGAGCCUCCUCCUCCAGGGUAUGAGGCUGUUAGAGAUGUGGUGCCACCCUACAGUGCAUUUUCAGCCCAAGGAAUGCCUGAGGGUGAGUUAGUCUAUGUGAAUUAUGGCCGCACAGAGGACUUCUUUAAGCUAGAACGUGAAAUGGGAAUUAACUGUACAGGAAAGAUUGUUAUUGCCAGAUAUGGGAAGAUCUUCAGAGGAAAUAAGGUGAGGAAUGCUGAAUUGGCAGGUGCCAAGGGAGUUAUUCUGUACUCAGACCCUGCUGACUACUGUGCCCCAGGAGUAGAUCCCUAUCCAAACGGCUGGAACCUUCCAGGCGGCGGAGCUCAGCGUGGAAAUGUGUUAAACCUGAAUGGUGCAGGGGAUCCUCUGACACCAGGCUAUCCUGCAAAAGAAUACACCUACCGAUUAGACAAAGCCAGUGGUGUAGGUCUCCCAAAAAUUCCAGUUCAUCCUAUUGGCUAUCAUGAUGCUGAGUCAUUACUGCGUAAUAUGGGAGGAUCUGCACCACCACAUAGUAGCUGGAAAGGAAAUUUGAAUGUCUCUUACAACGUUGGUCCUGGUUUCACAUCAAAUUAUUCUACAAGAAAGGUGAAAAUGCACAUUCAUAGCAACGACAAAGUAACGAGGAUUUACAAUGUGAUUGGUACCAUCAGAGGCACAGUGGAACCAGACAGAUAUGUUAUUCUGGGAGGCCACCGCGACUCGUGGGUGUUUGGUGGUAUUGAUCCUCAGAGUGGAGCAGCUGUGGUACAUGAGAUUGUGAGGAGCUUUGGAAAACUGAAACAGGAAGGAUGGAGGCCAAGGAGAACAGUGAUAUUUGCAAGCUGGGAUGCAGAGGAAUUUGGCUUGUUAGGAUCGACAGAAUGGGCUGAGGAAAAUGCCAAACUAUUGCAAGCACGAGGAGUAGCUUAUAUCAAUGCAGAUUCCUCGAUUGAAGGAAACUACACACUAAGAGUGGAUUGCACGCCACUGAUGUACAGACUAGUGUACAGUGUGACCAAAGAGAUACCAAGUCCUGAUGAGGGGUUUGAAGGAAAAUCUCUCUAUGAGAGCUGGUAUAAAAAAAAUCCAUCAAGAGAAUAUAAAGAGGUUCCCAGAAUAAAUAAAUUGGGUUCUGGCAAUGACUUUGAAGUCUUUUUUCAACGUCUUGGCAUCGCUUCAGGCAGAGCACGUUACAGUAAAAAUUGGAAUGUAGAAAAGUAUAGCAGCUAUCCAGUUUACCACAGUGUCUAUGAGACCUAUGAAAUUGUGGAGAGGUUUUAUGAUCCCACUUUCAAGAAUCAUCUGACAGUAGCUCAGGUACGGGGAGGGCUGGUGUUUGAGUUGGCCAACUCCGUUGUGCUUCCUUUUGACUGCAGAGAUUAUGCAUCAGCUGUGAGCAACUAUGCUCAUAUCAUCUAUAAUAUGUCACAAAAUCAUGAAGAGCAACUGGCAGCAUACAACGUUUCCUUUGAUGCUCUCUUUUCAGCUGUGAAGAAUUUUACAGAAGUGGCUGCUAACUUCCAUGACAGACUGCAGCACAUAGAUAUCAAUAACCUACUUGCUGUCAGAUCAUUAAAUGAUCAGCUCAUGUUUCUAGAAAGGGCUUUCAUUGAUCCACUUGGAUUACCUGGAAGGCCAUUUUAUAGACAUGUUAUCUUCGCUCCAAGCAGCCAUAACAAGUAUGCAGGAGAAUCAUUCCCAGGGAUCUAUGAUGCCAUGUUUGACAUUAAAAACAAACCUGAUCAACAUAAAGCCUGGGAAGAAGUUAAGAGGCAAAUUUCCAUUGCUGCCUUCACUGUACAGGCAGCAGCAGGAACACUGAAGGAAGUAGCUUAAAUAUCAACAACAUAAUCAUCAGCGAAGACUACAGAUAACAGCUUGCAGAAGCCUCGAAACAAGAACUUCUAAAAUGCUAAGAGGAUUAUUAGAAAGAACACACAACCCAGACAGUCUUAUUCUUUGCAAAUAAUAUAACCAAGUGCAAUGCAUUUAGCAGUGUUAAGGUAAAGUAAUCCAUUCGGAGAGCUCAGGCUUUAGAUAACUUCUGAAGUGAGAGUCUACAUUUAAAAAAAUCAAGAUUUUUCUCUGUUUCAUAUUUCAAAAAUUGCUAACCACUGGAUUUAUUUUCAGAGCUGUGCAUUUUGCUUGCUUUAUUAAUUUCUAUACUAAUCCUCAUAGUGCAUUAGGAAAACAGAAGACAUUUAAUGUUUUUAUCAGUUUCUAUCUUUGUUGUCAACUUUAAUUUCUUACCUUGGAAUUGCAUAAUAUAUAUAAGAUAACCUUUUCAGCUCUCCUUUUACAUGAAGAUUCACAUAUGAAGAUGGGAAAACUGUCACACACUGCUUGAGGAAUGUAUCAUGAUCUUAACAAGUUAUGGGCUGCCAGCCCAAAAUACUCAACCAUGAUGUUCUUCUCUUUACAUGCAUAGUCUUUCAGCUGUUUGCAAAUAGAGUUGAGCAAGAAGUCUUCUAGUCACCAGCGUAGAAACAAGGCAAAGCAUCUUGUCAGACUAUUAUGAUCUCACAAAACAUGUCUUUCAAGACGAAGAGCUAUUUUUAUUCUCUUAUCCCAAAUGUACUUGUGCUAAUUCUUGGCCAUUACAAGAGAUUUUUAAUAUGAAAACAAUUAGCAAGGAAAAUUCAUCAUGCCCUUAGUUUGAAAUGAUACUAAAGUAUUAACAUCUCCAUGGAAUCUGUAUUUCUGACUUUGGCAUGCAGCUUAGAACAAACUGCUCAAAAGAGUACAAUGGGACAAUGGAGAUCAGACAGAAGACUCAGAAAAUCAGGUCAAUUCUUCUGACAGUCUGCCACUGGAGGAUUUAAUAAACUCUUGCAUGGCAAAUAUUUUUGUGUAAUUUGAUUUGCUAUUUCAGCUCAGACUUCCACCAUUUCUUAGAAGAUUGAGCCAUGAUCUGGUGGAUUUCAGUCUUGUGAUCGAUUUGGGAUUUUCCAUAAAAUCCUAAUUGUUCAUAAAUAUUUCGGACCUAACCACAGCAUGGUUUCAUUAAGUUUAAUUAGGAGCUUUUUUGGCAAUAGCUGGCACGUUAUAUACAAUGGCAGAGUCUAGGACCUCACAAAAUAUUAAGCUACAUAUAUAUGUAUGAAAAUAUAUAUGGUUCCCUAAGCACUAGAGGUAAUAGGAUAUAGGGACAGAAGCUCUCUCCUCUCGACUCCUUGACUCUGUGCCUCAGAACAGAGCAAAGGUACAGGCUGGCUGUUGCAGAGUGUCAUGGAUAAGAUUUAAACUGUCUAAAGAAUCACCACUAAAGUUAGUAGCAAAAAUGGUUUAUUGAAAUAAAAUACUGUAAAAAUUAGACUUAACGAAGUCCAAUGGCCAGGUUCAACUUACUACUUACUGCACAGAGGAUAAUAAUAAAGAUUCAAAUUUACCAAUACAAGAACUUAAUGCCCUGUGAUGUAAGUUUUACACAGUAUUGGUCACUUACCAAAGAUCUGCAGCUGCUAAGGUGUUUCUCAACCUUGAGAAGUAAGCAUCCUUGAGAGGCAAACCAAAUUGAGGGGAGAUCACUGCCACGCAUCCAGCUGCUUAGCAGGGAGAGCUCAAAGCAGCUCCCUCAGACUGUCGUGUUAUGGAAUAAUGUUGUUGGUUUGUACUCAGAUUGUGGAAGAUGGUAAUGGUAAGCAUAAAACUCCUUGUACCCACAACUUCUUUUGUUCCAUGAUAGUUAGUCUUGGAAGAACCUCCUGCUAUUCAUGUGUUAAUGGCAUGAUUGAUAUCCUGGUUUCCAAGUUCAUCAUAGCGUGCUCAUCAAAGCACUCUAUGUCACGUCUUCCGUGUGGGUUUUGAAAGAAUAGGGUGGAGUUAGAGAAGUUUAUGGCCCAGCCAGGGUCCAGGCCUUUACUUCUUUAGAGCCUAAACCAAACUACCACUAGUUUGGUCAACAAGUUGAGGACAUCAUUGACACAGAGAGGGGAGGUACCAAGAAGGGUGGUUGUAAUGCAGCAAUUUGCAUGAUGUUUUGGAAGGAUGGGGUUCAAACUGUCCAGUACCUUCUCCCAGAUUUUGGUCCACUUUGUGACCUGCAUUUGUUCAGUGCAAACCACAAUCUAUAGCAAUUGAAUUUUGAAAGCAAAUAGGCCUUUGCUUAACUUCUUGAGGGAAGAAAUCAUCAGUUGCACUCAGUCCAGAUCUUUCCUUAAGCCCUCAUGCAGUCACUUAAAUAAAUCUGAGGUCAAAGCCCAGUGCUCCAUGCUGCCUGUGGGUGUGUUGCCCCACUCCUUUGUCAGCAUGAAAAUUUUCUGAUCUUCAACAUGAUAAGUCUGACUAAUACUUGGGGCUGACUUCUCUUGAAACAGCCACUGUUACUCUCAGCCUUAGCUUAUCCAGCACCAUGUUGGGUGAUCCUGACCCACAGGAAACCACAGCAAAUUGCAGAAUUGUGAAAAACCAGCACUCUUUUUUUUUUUUUUUUUUUUUUUUUCUAGAUAUACUAGGCUGCAACUUGUGGCUGUUUAGUGGCUCCUCAUGAGAGCUGCUACAACAUUUUCACAUCUUUAUCCGUGACUUGCUGAGAGAGGGGAAGGCAGACAGCAGGUGAUAAACAUGAUAAGUGUUCCUUGGUAACCCUUCUGAACUUGUAAAUGUCAGCGCCUCGGGAUCCUUCCUUUCUGUAAGGAAGGAAGCUCAGGCGUCUGGUUCUGCAAGCUAUAAAUUGCAGCAUUUGGCUCAUCCUGAAGUUCUUGAUCUGUUUUUAAAAUUAAAAAUAUAAAGCCAGGUGCUCUUUAGUCUUGGAAGAUUUAAAUUGAAAUUCUGAAAGGAUCAUUCUUCUCCCUGGAUCAUUUCUAAUUGUCAGUCUUCCAUGGAGUUUAGGUAAAGACACUGCAGUCUUCAGUUUCUCAGACUAUCCCAAGCAGAAGUGUGCAGGUUGUUCAUGUAACUACAGAUGUUUUCAUCUAGAGGUGGUCAAUAGGGGGAUUGUCUACUGUAAUCAGCUUUCAAAUCUUUUGUUUUUAAAAUAUGCUGUAAUUAGUACUUGGAAAAACUAACAUCCUCCUUCCAGGCAGCUCCUUGCUAACACGCAUUUGGCCUUCACAGUCACUGCAGACAAACCCAAUACAUCAUUGCUUUAUAUACAGCAGCAGAUGACUUAAUUGCAAGACAAGAGCUUUAAAAAUGUUUAGUAAGCAGGAGGAGGAACCUAUCUGCAUUGUUAAAUAAAAAAAUAUACUAUUUUUUUAAAGGAAGUACUUCUUAUCAUCAAGCUGAAUGCUGCCAAAAUUUUCCAAAGAACUCCAUACAAUAACCAUUCUGUGCACUGUGUACGUCAAAUGAAAUGAAGGCGUGCAUACCCGUGUGUUGGAAAAGUUGAACCUAUACUUGUAUUAAAACAUAUCCUCGCUGUCAUGAAACAAGCAGUGUUAAUGCUGUUUUGGCUGGUAAGUCUGUUGACCUGGCAGCAUCAUUUCUGAAUUAGGAUGCUGUCACCACAGAUCUUUCUUCAAGUGGUAGCUCAGCUAAGACAGAGCCGUCACUGGUAGUCAAGAUCUUUGAGAUGGGUGCUUGUCUUAACACAUGUAAGCUGUUUGAAGUUUGCUACUGGACCACAGACAACAGUGCGGUGGAGCAGAAUAGCCAGCACUUAGCAGCUGGAGUCAAAGUGUGCAUAAAUCGUAUUCUUUCACCUGACUGACAGCAGCUCCUGAGGGCAGGGGAUUGCAAUGAAUAGUAGAAUGUCAUUCAGUCAUAGAAUCAUGGGGUAAUUCAGGCUGGAAGAGAAAUUAGGAGGUCUCUAGCUCAAACUCCUGUUCAAAGCAGGGUAAGCUCUGGAAACAGACGCUGUUGCACAGGGCUUUAUUUAGCUGGUCUGGUCUUGAAGAACUCCAGGGGUGGAAGCUGCAUAACCUGUCUGUGCAACAUGCACCAGUGCUUCACUGCCCUCGUGAUGGAAAAGCUCUUCCUUAAAUCCAGACAGAUCUUGUUUCAGUUCAUGCCUGCUGGAAGAUAUCCUUUGGUUUAUGCUCAAUGUGCAAACUCUCUCUGCCUCAUUGGGUACAUUCCUCUUGUAGAAGAAAGGGUCAAAGUUUGCAAGCAGAACUUAGCUGCCAGCAAAGUAAAGUUUAUUUUAGCUGGAAUCUGAUAAGGGGCUUCUGAAGUUCAGGACAGCAGAGACUCCCACUCAAGGCAUCAGACUCCACUGCCCUUUUAAUCUGGGAGUCAGAUAGACUGCAGAAGCCACGAGAGACUUCUGGGGAGACUGUGAAACUGGCAGAGCCAGAAGGGAACUGCUGAUAUGAAAUUGCAGUUGAGCAUUCCCCUAUUGCCUUUCUGCCUGCCCCGUUGUACCUCUGCCUUCCCCACAAAGCAGGGCCCUUUGAUCUUUCAAGCCACAAGUUCAACCUUUAUUCAAACAACAGGUCAAGCAGCUGCAGAUAACAGGUCAAAGCUGCUUUGGGUCCCAGUUGCCAAGCAGCUACAACUGCCCACAAUUUACAAGCUGUGGCAUUUGUUCUGUGUAUUAUGUAUUCUUAUAUACUGUGAUGGUUUUCUAGUUGGCUGCAUAGCAUUGUUAUGCAUUCAAUACACAAACGUGCUGAUUUUGAAUUUGGUAUGCAUAUCCUUGCUAUUUUUGGAGCUUUGCUAGUUUACCAAAGGGUUUUGUUUGUUUUGGUUUUGUUUUCUGUUGUUGUUUUUAACUGACAGCAUACAUACCUAUCCACAAGUUCUGCCCAGCUUCAGAUGAACCCUACUUGCAUUUUCACUCUCAGCACAAGUCAUUCUCACCAUUCCCGAGCUCAAUACAAAGUCCAUACAGUAACCGAGAGCUUUCUUGCUAGUUGUAGAAGUGCUAGUAGCUUGAAGAAGUCCUGUGUGUUCAGGAGUUUGUCUCUGCUUUGGGUCUUUUUGGUAGUUAGGCUGCCUGGCCUGAGAAAAGGGAUCUAUUUUCCUAGUAAUCUUUUCAUUACUUCACAUGCAUAAAAUUUAUGACUACCUAGAAUCAAUUGUAUCUCCCAUCAGCCCCAAGUUUGAACUUCAAUUAACCUUAGGCGAAAGUUACUGUUAUCUUACUAUAUAGUUACAACUAUUAUCAGAUAAGCACUCACAGCAGUAUCUCACACUGAUAAUACCUUAAUUCUAGCAGGAAAA